AUGAAGGCCGCAGCCAUCCUCGUCGCGACCUCGCUCGCCGUCGCCAACGCGACCAUCUCGGUGCCCGGCAUCAACUACAACCCGCGCGUUGGGCCCAACUGGGGCCCCGACGCCACCAACUGCAAGUCGUCCGCCCAAAUCGACAAGGAUUUUGCGAUUUUGGCCAAGAUCACCAAGGGCGUGCGCAUCUACUCGCUCACCGACUGCAACACGGCGGAGCUUGUCAUUACCGCGGCCAAGAAGGCGGGUCUCACGGUCUGGCUCGGGCUCUGGGUCGGCCCCGAGCCGACGAUCUUUGCCGCCGAGAAGGCCAAGCUAUCGUCGCUUAUCUCGAGCGGUCUUGUUGACAGCACCGUCGUUGGUGUCCACGUCGGGUCGGAGGCUGUGUACCGCAAGGACGUGACGCCCGAGAAGGCGAUCUCCAACUUUAAGGAAAUCAAGGCGGUUCUUACGACAGCCAAAAUCAACUUGCCGGUGACGAUUGCCGACAUUGGCGAUACGUGGAUUGCGAAUCCGUCCAUGGUCGAAGCGGUGGACGUGGUGUCGGCCAACCAGUUUCCGUUUUGGGAAAACAAGAACGCCAACGACGCGGCGGCGUGGUUUUACAUGCGCAUGGAGCCCCUGAUCGCGUCGGCGACCAAGUACAAGAAGAAGAUUCUCAUCUCCGAGACGGGCUGGGCCACCGGUGGGUCAGCGGUCAACACGGGCCCGACGACGCCGGCGCAAGCCGCG